AUGUGCAAGGUCCACAUUUUGAACCUCAGCUCAGCGAUCUCUGGAGGAGACAGACCUAAACUCAGUCUGAGAGAUCUUGCCGAACUGACACCAUCAGAGGGAAAUUUCAUCGCCUGGAAGUCUGCUCUUCAUUUGUUCCUGGGGACACCUGCAAAGAUUGGUGUGGAGACAGCUUUCCAGGCUAAGGUACCUUCCAUGAUGUUCCCACUGCAAGGUGCCCAAAUGCUGCAGUCACUGGAGAGGUCCUUGAAGAAGAGCCUUCCUGAAUCCUUAAAGGUUUAUGGGACUGUCUUCCACAUGAACCAGGGAAACCCAUUCAAGCUGAAGGCUCUAGUGGACAAGUGGCCUGAUUUUAACACAGUGGUUAUCCGCCCUCAGGAGCAGGAGAUGACAGAUGAUCUUGAUCACUACACCAAUACUUACCAAAUCUACUCCAAGGACCUCAAGAACUGUCAGAAAUGUCUUGUCUCACCAGAAGUCAUCAACUGGAAACAGCAUUUGCAGAUCCAAAGUUCACAGCCCAGCCUGAAUGAGGUGAUACAAAAUCUUGCAGCUACUAAAUCCUUCCAAGUCAAGCAAACACAUUGCAUUCUCUAUAUGACAGCUGAGACGAUAAAGAAACUAGUUCCUUCCCUGCUGGAGGGAAAGAACUUAUCACCCAACAGGGGCAAACCCAAGGCCAUCUGCCAAGAGAUGUUUAAACCCUCCUCCCUGGAUGUUACCCACGCUGCCUUGGUGAAUAAAUUCUGGCAUUUUGGCGGCAAUGAGAGGAGCCAGAGAUUCAUCGAGCGCUGUAUCCAGAACUUCCCCACCCUCUGCCUGCUGGGGCCUGAGAGGACGCCUGUAUCCUGGAACCUGAUGGACCAGACAGGAGAGUUACGGAUGGCGGGUACCCUGCCUGAGUACCGGGCCCACGGCCUUAUCACCCAAGUCAUCUAUUCCCAUAGUCACUAUCUAAACAAACUUGGCUUCCCCAUAUAUUCUCACGUUGACAAGAGUAACAAAACUAUGCAGAAAGUUUGUAAGAAACUUGAUCAUAUCACCAUACCCUGUGGCUGGAACCAGUGGCACUGUGUGCCCCUGUGA